AUGGCUAUUCCGUUGUUCCGCAAACUCAUUGACAUCUACCCAGAUUUCGAGACACUGGCAACAGCGGAUGUUUCACAAGUAGCGGAGUUGAUGCGUCCGUUAGGUCUGCAAAACCAGCGCGCCACAACCUUGAUCAACUUAGCUUUGAUCUGGGCACAAAACCCACCGCUUAAAGGGAGGCGUAUUUGCACUCCAAACUAUCCCACACAUUCUGCAAGCAGAGACAUUAAAUCAGGCGAGAUCCUUGCAGAUGACGACCCUCGAGAGGGAGCAUUUGAAAUCGGGCAUAUAGCCGGGCUAGGUGCAUACGCCUUCGAUAGCUGGCGCAUCUUCUGCCGCGAUCAGCUUCGAGGCUUAGCUGACUCCUGGAAUGGUGAAGGGACUAGUGGGACAUUUGAGCCCGAGUGGAAAAGGGUGCUGCCGAAAGACAAGGAGCUCAAAGCGUUUCUGCGCUGGAUGUGGCUCAAGGAAGGUUGGAAAUGGGAUCCAGAGAGCGGGGAAAAGGAAGUAGCUUCCGAAGAGUUGAUGCGCAAGGGGCAGGAAGGCGGCCUUUCUUCAGACGAUUACGACUCGUGA